AUGCAGCCUCCAAAAGUAUCUGAUCCGAAGCGGAAACGCGGCAGGCCGCCAGGCGCGUCUAAAUCGAAAGGCGACGCGUCGAGCCACGAGGCGCCCGACCACGAUGCUGAACCCGACCCCGAAGACGCGCGACCGAGGAAACGUGGUCGCAAGAACGAGGCCGAAGGCGCCAGCACGGAACCUGGUCCCUCGCGGAACGAUAAUGGACCGGCGCAACCACCCAAGGCCGGCCGGCCACCCAAGAAGAGCCAGCAUACCGCGAAGCCAGACAUCCAGCGCGAAACGGAGGAACAGGACAGACACUCCAAUGCGGCCAGGCCCGACAGCAGGACGGCGCGGUUGAAGGGCAAGCGCAAAACAGCACACCAGAUCCAGCCGCGAGAAGAAGAACAACAACUAGAGAGCUCGGAGCCUCGACGCAGCAGACGAGUGCCGGGUGGGAGUUCAAGCGAGGCCCCUGGUGCCGAACAGCCAGCUUAUCCGCAAGAAAUAUCAACAGAACGCGCACCGAAGCGCGCUGGUGGCGCAUCGUCUGGUGCUUCGAAAGACAAGAGGAAGGCGUUGGCAGGCAAGGAGAAAGCGACGGCGAGUCAAACUUCGCCCAAAGAGGACGAACAAUCGGCCUCAGCUCCAAGGCGUAGUGGACGAGACCGGAAAAUAAGGGAACCUGAUAAUGUCCCUAGUGGAAGCCGACAGAAUAACCAGCAGGAUGCACAACCUACAGCGGGCCCGGAUAGUGGGAGGUCCAGAACACGAGCGAAUGGGGAAUCACAGGAAGCGGCGUCUCCCAAGGCACAGCAGAACCAUCCAGCUGCGAGAAUAGGCAAGAAGCGCCGUGGGCGACCGUCGUUGAACAAGGAAGAUUCUGAGAGUGCGAGGGCGUUACAGCCGCAGCAGGGCAACAGGGCAAAAGCUGCGAGGGAGUCGUCCGAGGCGGACAAGACUGCAGAUGAGAGUCGCUCAGUAGAAGACUCGCGGCCGAAGCGCCGCGGCCGACCUAGGCAAUCAGACAUUGCCUCUCAAGAGCCUGAGCCAGCCCAGCCAACUCGUUCACGCGGCAAGCCACGACGUCGUUCCCCCGAUCCCGCGGACGAGCAAGAGCAGGAGCAAGGGCAGACUUCUACCAAGAAAAAGCGGGACAAGCGUCAGCCUCGCCGAAGGGAGCCUGUUGCCGAGGAAGAGCAAGGUGAAGACGAAGACACAGGCUCAGAGGAAGACGAGCAGGAGUUUCCAUUCCGAUAUCUGAAGGAAAGCACUAAGAAGAUCCCACGAUGCGUCAUCUCUGAGAAGUGGAGCGCCCUGGACGGACCAUCUAUCAGUGCAGUUGGGACCUUCCUCGCCGACGCACAGCGACCGGUCCUGCUCCGCCUCCAGAACACCAGCCGGCGACGAGAGCAUGCAUCAGCCGCGCUUUCAGGCAUCUCCCGGCGACUACACACAAAGCUUGUCAGGGGUUUGCCCUUCCCUGCUCCCACGGCUGGGCCUGCAAGGCGAGCUGCGUCUGGCAGCCACGAGGACGAGUUCGAUUUCGAGCGCGCAAUGAACGCCGCGCAGGGCCUGGAGAAUACCCUCAACACACUGCUGCACUCGGUCAGCCUGCUUGAGAGGGAGAUCAAGAAGGAGGAGGAUGCGCUGGCGCGGGACUACGACACUCUCCAUAAGCUGGAGGCGAACGCGAGGUCUGAGGCGAAAGGCUGGCGCGAGAAGGCGAAGCGGGAGCACGUCCUCGCCUCUGGUAUCAGAAGGAAGGACGAGGGCGUUGAUUAUCUUGACGAGGGAGAGCGGCUGGAGCUCGUUGCAAGACCCGAGGAUGCCGUUGCGGGCGGGCUCUUCAAGGACCUGGACGACGAGGAGCUGGUCGCCCUUUCGAAGCAGAUUGGGAGCCACAUGGAGAGCAUGCAGGGUAACCUACAUCAGAUAGGUGGUGUCGUUCCGGCGAUCAGCAGGAGCAAGGCUGCACUGCAACAGGUGAUGCAGAAGCACCUAGACGAGGAGGAGUACGACAAGGUGGUGCUUGGAUAA